UUUCAGAAGCACCACCCCCUCCUCCACCAGUGGAAGAGGCAGUCUUUGAUGAUUCCCCUCCUCCGCCACCACCUCCUGAAGAUUAUGAGGAAGAAGAAUCAGCUGUAGUUGAAUAUAGUGAUCCGUAUGCAGAAGAAGAUCCUCCUUGGGCACCGAGGAGCUAUUUAGAAAAAGUUGUGGCCAUCUAUGACUACUCAAAAGACAAAGAAGAUGAGCUUUCGUUUCAGGAAGGUGCUAUCAUAUAUGUUAUCAAGAAGAAUGACGACGGUUGGUACGAAGGUGUCAUGAAUGGAGUGACGGGACUUUUUCCUGGAAAUUAUGUUGAGUCUAUCAUGCAUUAUUCUGAGUGACACUCCAUUAAAUUAUGUUCAUUUAUUAAUGUGCACAGUUUGGGCUUCCCUGGGCUAACUGGCCAUGGGUGCUGUGAAUUGUGAAGAUUUGAUGUGUCCAAUAACAUUGUUAAAAAAAACACUGUCUCUCUGUACUUUGACAAGACAGACUGAAGUGGCACAAUUUGUUUGAAGAAAAGAUCUUCCUUUUGCCAAUAAACAGCCAUAAUGGUUGUUGUGUGGUUGAAUAUGUUGACACUUUGAUAUGAACACUUUUAUCAGUACUCAUUUGGAGCUGACCGAUAUUUGGUUAACCAGAAGAACCUCAUUUGUGUGACAAGCCAAUAAUUGGUUAUUCAGGUCCAUUGCAGAAGCUGCCACAUUUGACCAAACAGAAAUUAUUUGGCCGACUGUAAGACAGUUUUUAGAAAAACAGUGGUGUGAGAGGAGGACACAUUCCAUUCUUUAGUCAUGUAAGAGGCAAAUGUAUGGUCUUUAUUUCCACUGUAUCAGUCUGUUGGGCAUAGUCAGUGCUUUCUUGGCAAGUGCAGUCUACAUUACAUUUUUUUAAGCUUGAAAUCCCAUUUAAAGGCCUUAAUUCAUAUAAUUGAUACUAACAACAUGCUCUAAAAUAUAGUGAGUGGUUAGCUGUCAGAGUGAAAAACAGUCUCUGUGCAAAGGAGAUUACCUUAAUAGUUUUAGUUGAAGAGCCCACUAGUUUGUAAUGCAGCUACAGACUGUAAAAUGGUCUUGAUCUGAAGUAAGGUAUUUUCCAAAUUAAAUGCUAAAAAUUAAUCUUGUCUGAUCGGUUUAUAUUUUAGAAGAACAAUAUGUACAAAAAUCAUUUGAUGGCAAAUUUUGGACAGAACUUACAGCACUCAUCGUGUUUAUCGCAUAAUAAAAGUGGGUGUUGCCAUUUAUUUAUGACAUGUUUAUAAACAGAGGGAGAAGAAUGAAACCAUAACAGAAGAUGGCUGGAUUUGGACGAUGGAUUGAUUUUAAUUGAUCUUCAGUGAAGACAAAAAAAAGCUGUGUUUUUAUUUCAGUUUUACACAUAAUUGCUGUUAUACAUUAGUGACACAGCAGUAUUUCCUUUUCUAAUGGGAGGACAGAGCCAUUCAUAUUGUGACUAAUCUUGUUGCAUGAACGCCUGUGAAUUUGCCUUUCUCCAUUUGCCAUGGGUUGCUUCCAGAAGUUUUAAGUAUAGCAGGAAGACAUUUUUCACCACAGUUAAAACAUAUUAGCAUUAUCUCUCUGAAAUGUUCAUUUAGUUGCUUAUGCUGUAAAUCAUUUGCUGCUCUUUGUGCCCCUACCCUUCAAGUAUAUAAUUCUGCUUCUCUGAAAUGUUACGUUUUUUUGUUUGAAAUAUUAAAAGAUCAGCAUUGUUGGGAUAUUUUAACUGUCAAAACUGAUAUUGCUUGGGUUGUUCUCUAUUUUGAGUGUUGGGAUCAGAUCUGCUACCUUGGUGCUGAUUUAGUGAAAUUAGAAUAAGGUGGACUUCUCCCCUAUCAUCAUUAGAAAUAUGUUGUCAUUCAUGUCGGCAGGCAGAUGCUGGAACUCCAGAUUAAAUUGCUUCCUGAUUUCCUUUCAUGGAAAAGGACUUAAAUUUCAUUAAGCAAUGUAACAUUUGAUUUUUGCACACUGAGUAUGUUAAUUGUUGGGUACAUUAUUGUAUUGGAGGACAGGUUUUCUAUUUUUGUUGCCUAGGAAAAGAUGUCCACACAGUACUGUUCAGAAAUAUUAAUAAGGAAGAGUUGUUCAUCUUUACUGUUGUAUUUUAUAUUAUGCAGUUAAAUGCUAGCAGAGUAUAUAAGCUGGUUAGAUUUUAUGCAUUUUUGUAGCAUUACUUUAAACCAUUUCUUAAUGUUGCAUACUGAAUGUAGACAAUGCUCAGGAAUUGCAAUCAUGCAGUGCUAAAUAACACGGCAAUAAUUUCAUAUUUUAUGAAAAAAACAUGCACACGAUUUGCCUGUUACUUUCAGCAACAUGUAUUGUUCAAGUAAUUUAGUUUGAAAUUUCUGCUUCACUUAUCUUUUUUUGCACGCUAUAGGUAAGUUACUAGUUACAUUGAUGUGUGGCAUCCCACAGCCUCUGCAGUUGUUCAUCUUCAUUGAUAGAGCAGAAAUCCUGUUGAAAUUAAAGUUGUACCAAGUCUACUGUAGAAUUAUCUCCAUUUUCAUACAUAGUGGUACAAUUUGCAUUCUAAUUAACAGAACAUUUGUUAGGAGCACAACUCUUAAAUGUUUGAGUGGACCCAAAGCCUGUAGUGCCAUAAACCAAAGAAUCUGCUGGAUUUGCGCAUUUUGUGAGGUUUAAAAGACAGUGUUUUGAGAUAAUUGCAUGAGAUCCAGGUCCAAUGACAAACCAAAUAUUGGUUUGCUUAUAGUGCUCUGCUCUUUCCUGCACCAGUACAUGUGCUGACAUAUUGAGCACAUUUUUCAAACCAUUAAACUUGGAACUGCAGUGUGUCUGUAUUUAGACCAGCAGCCUACAUUUAGCCCACUUUGAUGUAACUUAGCUAUAAGUAUGGUAGUUAUUCAGGUACAGAUUAAGGAGAAAUAUAAUUAAAUGUUGGGUGUUGAAGAAUUAGUAUUCAAAAACUACACAUAGUUGAGUCUAACUGAAGUUCAUAUUUUAAUAAGCUUUGUAUCUUGUCAUUAUUCGUACAAAAUGAUAAUUCAGCUGUGGAUCUAGUUAAUUACCUUGUGAUCUCGAAGAGUUAAAAUUCAUUAAUUGUGCAAUACCUAUGACAGACUUCAUUUUCUGGGGACCCAGUUAUAGUGCUUCAGUGUAAUUGUAGGAUGCGCUUUUUACAAGCUCACAGUAAUAGGAUUUGAUAGGUAAUUAGAGUCUAAGGGAAUAUUUGCAUUUUGUGCUUUUAACUGGAACACUUCUAUAGUACAAUUUGUUUAGGAUGUCAUUUCAGGUGUAUGACGAGCUAGAUUUGUCCAAGCUGUUGAAGGAAAAGCUGUUUCUAUGUGACUGCUGUUGUGCUUCUCUUAUCUUAGCUGCUCGAUAACAGUAGUUACUAUAACUAGCGAUGUAGUACGAAUGCUGAUUUCAUUUGAAGCUCAGUUAGACAAAUUUGGCAGCAGUCUGUCCUCUUACUUGGGAGUUUGCUUUGUGGGUGAUUUGUGAAAUGUCUUAUUCUGAACAUUUUAAAGUUGUAUAUGAAAAAUGGGUUAUAAGUGUUUGCACAGAAUGUAUUUAAUUGCAGACAUCUAAUUAUAAGUCAACUGAUUUUGGCAAGGCAUGAUUUUGCUACUUCUAGCUGCAGUUGUUAGCUUGCUUUUAGACAAGUGAGAAAAGUAAACUAUUAAUCUAAAGUAUACUGAUGAAAGUUAAGAAGCAAAAAAGGCAGCAGUAGUCUAACCUUGAAGGCCUAUUCUCUACUUGCAGAAAAUAUACAAUUUUCAGUUUUUUGUUUUCAGGUUCAUUUGACCAUCUCACAGAAAGUAACAGCUGUGUGUAGCUACUUGCAAAGGUUUUCAAGCUAAAACAUAAUAGGGGUCUCCUUUUUUUAAAUUCCAUUAAUAACUAGAUAUUUCAAGAGCCACAUUUGGUGUAGCUUCUUGAUUGAAGAACUAAAUUUGCAAAAAAAAAAAAAAGGAUAAUGUUUUAAUGACAAAUGAAAACUAUGCCUUUUGAUGCAGCAUUCAAUGAGCAUAUUAAUGUUUUAACAGCAACGUGUUUUAAAUUCUUGUUUAGCCUGGCAGUAUUUAAAAGUUACUACAAGUUACUACAGAGAUGCAGCUUGUAGACUUUUGAGUUAAUGAUCAUUGUGGUCAGUUGAUAAUUGGGUCUGCAAUAACUGGUGCAACAAAUUGAUCAGUCUUUCAGAAUUAUUUCAAGCAACUACAAGUAUGAAAUAUAGGUUUACAAGACUGGUUUUGCAGGUGUCAUUUUUGUAAUUAACAUGCUGUAGUGAGUAGGUACAAUGUUAUGGAGUGUAAAAGUUUUUGUAAAUUGUGGGUUUGGAUUAGAAUACUUAAAAUUCAGUUCUCGCAAUAGGGAUCACAGCAGGUUGGAGUCCUUGAGUCUUUGUUUAGCGAUCGAACGGAACAUUCAUCGAACAGCCAUUCAUCAUACAUACCCCAACAAAAGUUCCUUCCCUAAAAAGGCCAAAUGAUCAUAAGUUACACUGGGCAAUCAUAGUUGACCAACAUAAAGGGAACAAAACGUAGUACUUACUGGUAACAGCGAAUAAGGAAAUCUGCCCUUUUCUCACUGUAGUGCGAUCUCAGAGUUGGUAUAUAUAAUUAGCGGGGUAGUGGAGGGCACAGCCCCCCCCCAAUAUAAGGAGGGUCUGGUGUUCCCCAAAUUCUCCUGUUGUUGGGAGCUGCCCCCCCCCCCCACUAAUUAUAUAUACCAAUUCCACUGCACUACAGUGGAGAAAGGGCAGGUUUCCCUACAGUCUGUUACCGGUAAGUAGGUACUACAUUCCAUUCCCUUUAUGUUGGAAACUAUGAUCUUUGGAUGUUAAUUUUUUACAGUCAUUUGAUGUUUUGAUAAAGGGAACAUUUGCUGGUCUAUGUACAAUGAAUGGCCGUUCAAUCACUAAAUAUAGACCAGCAGCACUUAAAUUCAGUGUCGUAUUUAGUGUCAACUGUUUCAUGGUGGGUAUGUGAGUUUUUGCAUCAUGUGGAAACCUACUUUUUAUUUAUUGAAGAAGCUUCAGUAAUGUUUCAUGCAUCUGGUACUUCCCAUAUCCACUCUAGAAACAGGAAGGGAUGCGUGCAGGUUUGACUUUGGCAUAGUAGUGUCACAACACUAUGUAAAGGUUUGACAAAUGCAAGUGUAAUGCAAGAGCAGAGUGAGUGCACACUGAUCCUUGCAGCCUUUUGUGGAAUUACCUACUUAGUUUUGAGAGUCUUCCUCAUCAUGUCCUUCGUUAAGCAGCAACAGUCACCUCAAAGUUAGGAUACUUGUUUACAGGGAUAUAGUCAGAGUGUGUGUGUGUGUGUGUGUGUGUGUUUCUUGAGUGAGUAUUAGGAUGUGUAUAUCUAUUAGGUUAUGAGCAUGUGGUCGUAUCCAUUUUUGUUUAGUCAUGUAUGUAUUGCAGUCUGUUGCCAUCAGACUUGUAGUUGCCACAUAAUGUGUGUCCUCUUACUUUUUUACCUGUGUUGUGCAUUGAGAAGACCACCUUGUAUUAAUUUCUUAUUUCCAUUUUUGGCACACGUAAGUAGACCUCCCAACAGCAAAAUUAAUGAAGUUCAAUAAGCAGAGAUUUAUUUUUGGCUUGUAUUUUUACUAACUUUGCAGUUUUAUCCGUGCCCAUCAUUGAAUUGCUGGUUUUGGUUUAUUAUUUAUAUCUUUAAUUGUAGCCUAAAUACAGUAGUUGUGGUGCUGGAAAUUAAGUGGCCUUUGUGGAAUUCAGACUUUCCAGCUCAGAGUGUAUAUAUAGCCAGUAUGUCACUUUGUAUUCGUUUGCAGAUGCAACUAGAAAUAAUGAAGUAGGAGAAGAGAAGUUUUCCUAUAAGUGAUAUUGGAAAAAAAAGUUUCUUGCUUCUGUAGUCGGUGACCAUUUCUGAUGACACAGCAAGUGUGCUGUUGCUUCAUGGUGAUGAGUCACGGUGAACUUAUGCACACCACCAGUUUUUAGGUGACCAUUUGAAAUGCAUUGAUUUAACAAUGCUUCGAACUGGCAUUGUAUCAUCUUUCAUUUUAGCUGCUCAAUUUUGUGUUAUUGCAGCAAUAUCAGAGCAUGUUUCAUAAACCAGAUUGCCUUUAGCUCACUACAAUAACAAUUUUUUCUUUUCUUAAUUUCUGUUGGUAAUACAUUCUGAUUUUGAUAAAAAUCAAAUAGUUGUGUAAUCCCUAAGGGAAGCUUAAUUAGCAUUUAGUUUAAUUUUUUGAGAGUCGUCAGUGGAAAAUUUAAUUAAGUUCACAUUGUAGAGCACUGAGACUGCAGCUUCAUUUAGAGCAGCGUUUCUGAAAAGGAGGUGGCCCUAGCAAAUCUAACAAUAGUUAGUUCAAACAUUAACUGUUCAGAAUUAUUUUCAGGACUAAAUGCAGAAGAGUAGUUAAUGAAUAUGCAAAUCACUAGUGAAAGAAUAAUAUACUAAGCCAAAUCUUGGUUAUUUCAAGUAUGUGUAUGUAGGGUAUAUUGUCUUCAUUAGCAAAUUAUGUUUAUGGGGACACAUACUUGAGGAAGGCUCAAACUUUUCUUCGGUUUGAGGGAGUCAUACCUGUAAUUGUGUUUGGGAGCUUGUUAUAUACAACUAACUGCUGUGAGUAGUAGUGUAAGUAAUGACUGAGCGUUUCUCUCAGACCUGAGCUAAAACUCAUGAUCUCGCACACACUGUAUGUACCCAUAUAUACCUAAAGUUUAAACAUUUUCCAGUUGCGUUACAUUACCUUUUUAGAUAUAUUUCUGUUUUACUUAAGGCUAAAGUGUCUGAUUGGUUUACAUUUGAGUCUAGGGGAGCCACGUGUGAUCUUUGAUUUUAACUCCAUGUAUGAAGGAAAUGUUUCAUAAGCUUAAAAUGAAAAUAUGCUUGCUUUCAUACAAGUGAUAAGUUUUAAGUCCAGCAAAUAAUUGUAGAAAAAUUCAGUUGCUUGUGCCCAGUCAGAUCAAAGUAGGUUUCGCGGCCAGAAGAAAUUCAUCUUCGCUUUCUCUAUUCAGGAUUUUGUCAUUUUCAGAUAUUGAGCCUUGGUUCUGAAACAAAGGUACGAACAUAUACAUUUUCUUCAAAAGUCACUACAACUUAGACAAGAUUCUAGACUCUGAAAAUGUUGGUAUGAAUUGUUUCAUUAUGUGAAGCAUUAAAACCCCUUUAAGUGGGUGGGAUUUAUUUCUGUUACCUGGAAUAACUGUUACUGUGUUGUUAUUCUUGUCACAAGUCAUAAAUAAAAUGUUUUAAAGCACA